GGUCCCGGACCCGCGGCCUGGUCGUGGGGUUGGGGCUCCCAGACUCCGCGCCCCAGGUUCUCCUCGGCCCGAGCCGGGGGAGCUGCGGGCAGUGAUGAGGGAGGGUGGAGGAACGCGAGAUGGGUGUCGCUGGCCGGCCAUGUCCGGCGGACCCGAGGCCCGUGGCCCCGCCCAGGAGGCCCCGCGGCCCGGCGCGCCAAGUGGGCUGUGGAAGUCGAGGCCUGGGGGAGAGGGAAGCGCCUUCGCGGACCAGGCUUGGAAGGCCCAGGACCCCGGGCCUAGCUCCCACCCACUUCCCGUGCCGGAGCAGGGCGGUUCGCUCCGGGGCCGAGGGUGCUGCGUGGCCGCCCGCCCCUUCUCCGCCUCAGUAUUUCUCUUCCAGGUGGGCGGUCUUGCCGGCCCCGAAAAUCUGAGAAGCAUGAAGCUCCUGUGUUUGGUGGCCGCGGUCGGAAGUCUGCUGGUGCCCCCAGCCCAAGCCAACAAGAGUUCUGAAGAUAUCCGGUGCAAAUGCAUCUGUCCACCGUAUAGAAACAUCAGUGGACACAUUUACAACCAGAAUGUGUCACAGAAGGACUGCAACUGCCUGCACGUGGUGGAGCCCAUGCCAGUGCCCGGCCACGACGUGGAGGCCUACUGCCUGCUGUGCGAGUGCAAGUACGAGGAACGGAGCACCACCACCAUCAAGGUCAUCAUCGUCGUCUACCUGUCGGUGGUGGGCGCCCUCCUGCUCUACAUGGCCUUCCUCAUGCUGGUGGACCCUCUGAUUCGAAAGCCGGACGCCUACACCAAGCGGCUGCACAACGAGGAGGAGAACGAGGACGCUCGCGCUGUGGCGGCCGCCACCUUCCCCGGGCCCCGGGCGAACACGGUCCUGGAGCGCGUGGAGGGGGCGCAGCAGCGGUGGAAGCUGCAGGUACAGGAGCAGCGGAAGACGGUCUUCGAUCGGCACAAGAUGCUCAGCUAGGUCACGGUCAAGGCAGGACCCGAGGCCGCGCCUGCCAGCCCCCGGGGUUCGACGGAGCUGGCCACUCUCCGCACUCAGGGCCGCCCUCCGCUCUCCCUGUACAGCCCGG